AUGAUCAUCGCGCUGAUCGGUCCAUGUGGAUGCGGCAAAACAACUGUGGGAUUGGCGUUGGCAAGAAAACUCGGAUGGAACUUCAUCGAUGCCGAUGACUACCACAGUGAAGAGAACCGUAAUAAGAUGGCCAAAUCAAUACCGUUGGACGAUAACGACCGGAUGCCUUGGCUAAUCAGUCUGCACAAACGGAUGUCAAGGGAAGCGAACUCGGUUCUCGCCUGUUCAGCGUUAAGACGCGCCUACCGUCAAGUACUCGUCCGCGGAGCACACCCCACAGGCGAUCAUGAAAUUGAUAUCCUGUUUGUUCUUCUCAGUGCGGACGAAACUAUUCUAGAGCAGCGUUUGAGACACCGGAAAGGACACUUUAUGCCAGUAACACUGAUUUCAAGUCAACUGGCUACUCUGGAACCGCCGGAUAACACAGAAAAGAACAUGGUUCUGGAUGCUACUGAGUCCUGUGAAAUCCUGGUGGAAAAAAUACUCGAGAAAAUCAACUCCUCCUAG